AUGGCUCGUACCAAGCAGACAGCCCGCAAGUCCACCGGCGGCAAGGCGCCGCGCAAGCAGCUGGCCACCAAGGCGGCCCGCAAGAGCCUGCCGUUCCAGCGGCUGGUGCGCGAGAUCGCGCAGGACUUCAAGACCGAUCUGCGCUUCCAGAGCUCGGCCGUGAUGGCGCUGCAGGAGGCGUGCGAGGCCUACCUGGUGGGGCUCUUCGAGGACACCAACCUGUGCGCUAUCCACGCCAAGCGCGUCACCAUCAUGCCCAAGGACAUCCAGCUCGCGCGCCGCAUCCGCGGGGAGAGGGCGUAAACCGUUAAAAACUGAGUGCCACCGUUAAACCCAAAGGCUCUUUUCAGAGCCACCUACAGUUUCGCUUUGAAGAGCUGUGCCUUAAGGGAGUAACCAAAAAUGGAGUAUGGCAGGAUUCCACCCCACACCCCAGAUAUUCUUGAUUAGGUAAAUCCUGCCAUAUCACACUAUUUUACAAGCUGUCUUUAACUUUACAAUAAUAUAGGAUGCUGAGGAUCAUGACAGCCACCAAGUGCAAAGAAUUGCUUUUCAUUCCUCAUUUCAGUAGUUUCUCUGCCUACCUCUGAGAUGGGAAUUGAUAACACCCUGCUAAAAUAAUUGGAACGACUCGCCCAACAACAAAACUAACAAUAUACAGAAGCUUAAAUGUGAGUUGGUUUAUUUGCAUUCCGGGGUUUCAAUAAACUUUCGGUUUACAAAGUAAUUGCUUCUAAGAGUAACGUUGAAUAUUUCUUGUGUAUAGUUUUUAACAUUUUAUUUUUCUGGGCUGGUAGAAGCUGUUCUGCCUGGCACGGAUUUUUUUUUACCCAUUUAAGGGUUCUGUCAGAAGCACCAAUGCUCCUGGCUUAAACUAAGGUUGCUUUGCCUCAUCUACCCCAAGUUCUUGGCCCCUGCUGCAGUCCAAGUACCUUGGUUUUUCCUUUCCUUGUUUAUAACUGUGCUGGCUUUUAUGGAACACUGUUCGACCUUUAAUAUUUUAUGUAUCUUGGUGGGGGGGAGGUGUUUUAGGCACAGGGCCUCAUCAGAUUUCUUAGCGGGGAAAAAUAGUGCCCAUUCUUGUCAAAGGAUCCGACAGUGUACUUAGUGGCUGGAACUGGCUGCUGCUUCCUUUCCCUCCCCUCCCAGCCAAGGAAUAUGGAUUUGGCUUUUAAGUUUUCGUUUACUUUGGCAUCUUGACAGAAGAAAUGUGCAGCGUCUAGGAAAAAUUAGCAUCAUCUUAAUCUGUAACCUUGUUAAUCCUUCUAUGGCAUGCUCUGUACACACAGCAUUUAGAUGCUAACUUGCCAGGGUUCAAAUUCCAGCUUUACCACUUAAUGUGUUAUAUUAGACAAAUCAAUUACUCCAUCAGAAAAAUGAGGGUAACACUACCCUCCUUAAUAGUGUUGUUAGGAUAAUGCGCAUUGGUUAGGGUGCACAUAGCAUUAUAUACGUGCUAUUUUCCUGAGCUGUGUAUCA